CCGUCAGCCGGCCCCGCUGAGCGCAGAGAGACGUGCGGGUCCCCGCGUCGGCCGCUGCGCUGCCCUCUCGGCCUGUCUGCACUGCGGACGCCGUCAUGGGGAAAAGCCGGACGAAGCGCUUCAAACGACCUCAGUUCUCCCCGACGGGCGGCUGUCAGGCCGAAGCGGCGGCGAACGGGACUGCAGACGACGAUGACGACGGGCCGGCCGCGGAGCUGUUGGAGAAGCUCCAGCACCCGAGCGCCGAGGUACGCGAGUGCGCCUGCGCGGGCCUGGCCCGGCUGGUGCAGCAGCGGCCCGCGUUGCCGGGCCUGGCGCGCAGGGAUGCCGUCCGCCGCCUCGGGCCGCUGCUGCUGGAUCCCAGCCUGGCCGUCAGGGAGACGGCGGCCGGAGCGCUGAGAAAUCUCAGUGCUUGUGGAGGUUUUGAAGUUUGUGAUGACAUGGUGACUAAGGACAUCAUGACUCCUCUGGUGGUACUACUGAGAGAGUGCAGUGCUGGACUGGAUUCAAAUGAGAUGUCUCCAGAGAAAAAGGAUCAGAACAGAAACUGUAUCGAGAACAUAGCCAAUGAGGCUGUGAAUGUUCUGUGGAAUAUAUGUGAAUGCAAUAGUAGAGCAGUAUCCAUAUUCAACAAAGAAGGGUGUUUGGAGAGUCUAUUAAAGUACUUACAUAGGUUUCCCAGCAAUGUUGACCUGGCUAUCUCAGUAGCAUACUGUUUGCAGACAGUGACAGAAGACAACCCAGAACUCCUGAAAUCUUUCAGCGCCACAGCAUUGCAUGUACUGGAAUCUGCGUUGCUUUGUCCAGUCAGUUCCAUGGAAUACAUUCUGCUAAAGACACUUAUAGCAGGCACAAUCUGGAACCUAAAGGAUAUCAUUCCAUCUAAGAGUCAGGCAGAAAGCAUUAAUGCCAUACUAAAGAUCUUGUCUGAAGUCUUGGAGGUGGAUGCCGCAGAAACAGUUGUUCAGAUGAAGGAGGCUGAAACCCAGCGGGUGAAGUCUGCUGCAGAGACCGAGGAAGCACUGGAGAAUGCCAAUGGCGGCAAUUUUGUUGAAGAUGAUGAAAUGGAAGAAACUCCUCCUAGAAGAAAAGCCAGAAGAAAAACCUUCAUUUCUGAUUUACUUCCAUCCACAGACAAGGAGCUGAGAGAAGCCACAGCAUUGCUGACAGCUCAGCAGACAGCUCUGGAAGUCAUUGUCAACAUGUGCUGCAGUGAAGAACCCUCUGAUGAUGAGUGGGAAGAGCUUUCUAGCAGUGAUGAAAGUGAUACCUUUAUGGAGAAUUCCUUCAGUGAGUGCAGUGGGCAACUCCUGUCUCCACUCUGUCUGUCUCAUGAGAUUCAUAGUGCCCUCACCAACUGCCUCAUCCCAAAGAAGGUCUUUGAGAAGACUGCCUUUCCAAACCAUGUUGCAGUUGACGUAUGUUCUAGGAACCCUACUUGGAAACAUUUGAUUAGAAAAAUGAACACUAUUCAGUGUAGAGCCCUCGUGUGUCUCCAGAGUCUCGUGUCCCUCCUGGAUGUGGACCAUCUGGGAGGAGCCUCAGCUCUACAGACACUUGCACAGCAUCUGUCACAGCUUCUGUUUUCUCAGCCAGAUUUUGCUAAACAUGUGGAUUUUCUAGAAGCCAUAAGUAGUGCCUUGAGGGCCCUUUUGCAAACAAUGGCCUCCAGGAACAUUCCUCAGUGCAUGACACCCGAGCAGCUGAUGACACUGUGCAAAGCAGGUGUUCAGAGUAACAACGUUGGGGUCAGAGUGAACGUAGUCAGUAUUUUGGGAAUCACUGGCAGCGUUCUUGCCAAAGAAGGUGGUACACUUGAAACACUCAAGACCAUUGGGUGCUUCCUGCUUGACGUCGCCACCAAAGAUGCUUCCCUUGUGGUAGCAGGAGAAGCUUUGGAUGCCCUCUUUGAUGUUUUUGCAGAUGGAGAAGAAGCUGAAAAAGCCUCAGUUCAAAUUAAAUUGUUAUCUGCUCUGAAAGAGUUGCAGCCAGUCUUCCGAAUGAAGAUUAAAAAAGAAGGGAGGGGCAGAUACAGUCCGGAUCAGCUGUGUGUUCUUGACAACGUGAAGAUGAAUUUGAGAAGGUUUGUUGCUUAUCAAGAAACUGUUGAGAAAAGACUGACUUCUUAAAACAUCAAAAGAGAAACAGGAAGCCAGGCAUGGUAGCCCAUAGCCUUUAAUCCCAGCACUUGGGAGGCUGAGGUAGGAUUGUUGUGAGUUCAAGGCCAGCCUGGACAAGAGUGAAACCCUGCCUCAAAACAGAACAAGAGGGCUGGAGAGAUGGCUUAGCUUGUUUACUAAGCCGAGGAACCCAUGUUUACCUUCCAGAUCCUGGGUUAGCCAGAUGCUCAAAGGUGAGGCAAGUGCAAGGUCUCACAUGCCCACUAGAUGGCGCAUGCAUCUGGAGUUCAAUUGUGGUGGCUGAUCGCAAAGUCUCUCUUAAAAAAUAAAUAAAUAAAAAUAGAACAAGAGAGAGAAACAUAAGUCGGAUGAAUGGCCGAGUGCUUCACUAGCAUGCACAAGUCUGUUGAGUUCAUCCUUAGCUCUGCAAGAAAAGAGAGAGAAAAUAGGAAACUUGUUCUUUCCCAGUGUUUAGGUAAUGCUAAAAAUAUUAAGGGUUUCCUUGGAGAAGGUGUUCCCAAAGCUAUUUUUUAAUGGCUACAUCAUGGAUAUUGAAUUCAAGUUCAGAGCUUUCAAGUUCAGAAGCAUGUGUUGAAGUCACGGGAUGACUGUGGCACUUUUGUUGCUCUCUCUCUCUGUGUGUCCAGCAUAUGUUAGGGAAAAAAGAGUGUGAAUGCAGUGCAAUCUCAGGUGGUCCUCUUUUCCUCUUGGUGCUGGGGAUAGAAUCCAGGGUGAUGUGCAUGCUGGGCAAGCACUGUAACAUGAAGCUACCCCUAGCUUCACGUAGUUCAUAACUACUUUGUGCAUAUUUAAAAAAAAAAACAGCUUUCAACCAUCCCUUUAAAUUUUGCAAGAAAGAAACUAAAUCAUUGAACCUUUUUUAUUCAAGCCAGUAUCAUUUUAUAUUGGCUAAAUCUUUAAAUGAAUUAUACAGACAAGCUUUAUAAAAUCAUUUUUAUAUGAAGUACUGUUAUCCAAAUACGAACUUUCUGUGAAGAAGUAAAUGAAUUUGUAAAUCACUCUCAGUAAGAUAGUGAGGUGAUUGCAUCCUGUAUGGGGUUGAUCAGUUAUUGCUGUACAACAUCACUCCUUGACAAUUUAAUGUAAAAUCAGAGUUGGUAGGAAAUAUUUUGAAUAAAUAACUUUUUAAUUAAAA